GCCAACAUUGGACCGCACCUGGCCUGGAUCGACUACCCACCCAACCACAGUGCACCCAACCAACCACCACUCACGGUGACCCACCGCAAGUUCAGCCAGCAAGCAACACUUUGCAGAGUUCAUAGAAUUAUUGCGGUGUAGCUAAGUUGCUUUGUUAGUAUACUUGAUACGUGGGAAAAUGCUUUCGACAACAACGCGAACUCUUCUCACGAACGUCUUCAGGUCGUGUCGAGGGACACUUCGUGGGUUCGCGUACGAAGGUGACGGCAAGACCACGGUUUCCGUACUCAACAAGGACCGAGACGAUGUUUUGUUAGUGGAUUCGUAUUCCACGGUUGGAUUUCGUCUAAACAACGGGCUCUAUGUCAUCGGUCCGAUGGCUCUUUUCCCGAGGAGUGUCCUGCAGUGGAACGUGGGUUCGCUGGAGAACGUGCCUGAAGAAGCGUUCUCGCUGUUCACCUUGCUUGAGCCAAAGAUCGACGUUCUGGUCAUAGGAAUGGGCGACAGGCACGAGAGAAUAGACCCCAACCUAGUCAAGUUCCUCAGGUCCAAAAGAAUCGGCCUCGAGGCGCAUCCCACCGUGACAGCGUGCACGACUUUCAAUUUUCUCAAUGUGGAGGACAGGAAUGUGGCAGCCGCCCUCAUACCUCCGACAAGCGUCACAACCGGCGACGAAAUCUACAUCCAGAAUGACAGAAUCCGAAGAAAUCUGUUGUUGGGAGAGUAGGCGCUCACACCCACUUCGCUUGUGCAAGUACAAUUUCGGCCCUCACGUGCUCGUAUUGCAGGUCCCAUUGCCGCGUGCCACUGUGAGUGCCAGUCUUUUAUAUAGCUGCCGCGUAGUCUACGAAUUCGAGCAAUAAAUGCUACACGUGUAUAAUGCAUCUAAA